UCAGGCAUGACAGACAUUUUAACACUUGUGUUUCGGACUUUUCUGUCACAAACGGAUGUAAAGAAGGACCUCAAAGUCGCUCCGCCAUCACCGACGACCUGCAGCACACUGGUGGUCGGCGACCACAGCAUCAGCCGCUCUUUGCUGCUGCUGGCGGCCGUGACAGCCGCCUCAGAGAUGGGGGUGAAAGUGCUGUUCUUCACCCAAACACAGAUUCAGAGCCUUCCGGUGUCCCUGCAGAAAUGUGUUCCCGGCCUGAGCCCGGAGAGUCUAAAGAAAAUCAAGUUUUCCUAUCCCAGGACAGUGAAGGAGCUCUUGCAGCAGGUGGCCAGUCUUCACGAGUCCACCAAUACGUCUCCCACACCUCCCUCACUGAUCAUAGUAGACAGGCUGGAGGGCUACCUGUGUGGUCCAGGAGGUGGCAGACACAGUGGAUUUCACCCAGGAGAGCAGUCCUGCGCUGCACACCUGUCUGCGCUGCUGUGCGACAGUGCUGCCUUCCUCACCCAACUCCUGAGACAACGCUCCCCGAGCUCGGCCCCCUGCCGUAUCAUCGCCUCUUUCCAGUCAGAAGUGGACACUGGGCACGCCGGCGGGGAGGCCUCUGCCGGACAUCCCAUCCUUGAUGUUCUUGAUCGCUAUUUCCAGGUACGCUGUACCCUGGACCGAGACAGGAGCUACGAAGCCACAGCAGCUGGACUGCAGGAGGUGUGGCACAUUUACCUUUUUGGGACAGGCAUCACAGAGGCUUCUUCUACCAAAGACUGUGAGGACAGACCACCUGUAGCCCAAGAGUGGCAGCUGUUCAUUUUUCCUGAUGGUUUAAUGGAGUUUAAGUUGGUCUGAAAAUAUCUUUAUCAAAGACUUUAGCAGUGGGGGAGUAAUUGAAGGUCAAUUUGUUCACUGAAGGAGUAGUUCUGUUCUGAGAAAAUGCUUGUUUCCAGCGACGAUGAGAUGUACUGCAGUAUAAUAGGCCUUAGUUACUGUUACUCGUCAUCUUCUAAGUUGAGCAGAUCUUCAUGAGAAUUCUUUCGUGAGCAAAAGGAUGUUUUCAGCCAUGCCUUUCCAUUCAUUUAACAGAGCAGUUCUUGCCUUCACUUUGACUCUCUUGACUCCUCUGGUACAACGUCAUGUGAUAAAAACCAAACCUUGUUGCCUUAUCACUGAUACAGCAUGAAUUAAUCUGAUGUUCACCCUUUCAGCUGUCAGUUAACAGGACCACAGUAGUUGUAGAUAUACAACAUUUAAUGAGUUGAAUUUUUAAAUGACAUAAAGCUUUGGUAAACACAUGAAUAAAAUUUACAUAGACA